AAACUGACAUGUAUCAUCCAGACCCUUGGCCUACUAUGCCCAGUAUGCAGACGUUAGAGACACUAGUGGAAACACUAUAUCCUGUUAUAAACAUGUAAUAUUUUUGUUCUUGGGGGAACGACCACUCUGUAGGUAGUAUGUCUGCCCUGCGCUGACUGACUCUGAUUAUCGUGGAAGUGAAAGCGUUUAUGUUAAAGAGGGUGUGAAUGGUAAUAAAGUCAUUGCCGUCACCAAGCAACGGGGACGCAUAUUUGCACCUGCUGCACUGCGGCACCGGAAGAGCACGAGCAAACGUAGGAGAGAUUGGACAACUAGGUCUUACCAUUAGAAAUGAUAGGCCCGUCUAAGCUUUUACAGCUAAGCUGUUCCCUCCCUAGGCGUUGCUAUGAUUGCGUCUCUUAGCCGUCUGUCAAUUUGCCGCUGUGUCAGUUUUAUGAGAUGAUGGGAGGAGGAUGCCCGCUGCUGCAGUAGAUAGUUAGAUUUUGUGUUCAACACUGAAUUAUUGUAGAUGUCUCUGUUAACUACCAUACUGCGAUGCUACUUGAAGUUAGCUAGCUAGCUAAUGAUUGCUCAAAUUGUUUUCAACUCAUCAGCUGAAACGACGAAAGCCUCCACUGACUCAAAGACUAAAACAACAGUGAAGUAAUGAUUAGAGAACCUGCCCUCCACAUCAGUGCACCGACGAAGGAAGGUUAUCUGAUGACAGCAGCCGACAGAAGAGGGGAGUCGUUGCAUUAAAAGAAUCACAAGAGUAUGCAAAAUGAGUCGUCUGUGCUCAGUCAACAACAAUUUCCCCAAUGACAACAGCACACUGGCCCUGGACAUGGUACUCAGCUCACUGUGGGCAAUGCCACAGCCCAUUAACUGGGAAAGUGUGGCUAAGCUGGUCCCUGGUUUCACACCAAAGGAGUGUGCGCGGAGGUUUGAGGAGCUGAAAAGCACUGGUAGUUUCCCUCUCGUGGAUGAGCAGUGUAACCCUCUGACAGUAGGGGGGGGCUCACCGUCAGACACCCUCUCCUCCUACAUCAAAUCCUCUUUGUUGGAGCUCACGGGAGACACAGGAGACGCACGAGCCAUCCAGAGCACUAUCUCAGUUUCAGGGCUAAGUGUGAUGCCCCCUGGGAGGGGGUCAGCGGCUGAGAAUGAGAGCGUGGUGACCUCAGAAGGGGGCGAGAAGGUGAACGGAGGGAAGAGGGGUCCAAACAUGGUCAUCCACGUGUGCGACGAGGCUAAGAACCUGAAGCAGGAUUUUGGGUGCCCCCGGGACCUCCUGAUCAGCGAGAUGCGCUACUUCGCUGAGUAUCUGUCGGUGGACUCCCAGCGCUGGGAGGAGGUGGAUAUCUCGGUGCACUGUGACGUGCAGAUCUUCGACUGGCUCAUGAACUACGUCAAGAGGAACACAGACCCUGAGACUCACCACGAGAAGCCCAAACUUGAACCCAGCAAUGUGAUCUCAAUCCUGAUCUCCUCCGAAUUCUUGAAGAUGGAUACAUUAGUUGAGGAUUGCAUUCAGUUCUGUCACGAAAACAUGACCGCCAUCGUAGCAACGCCAUGCAAUAUGAACUGCAUCAACAGCAACCUGGCUGCACGCAUAGGCGACCUGUUCAGUCACAACGACGCAGAUGAGAUCAAGGACAAAAAGGACAAAUUCAAAAGCAAAUUAUUUCAGAAGAAAAUUGAGAGGCUCUUCGACCCUGACCACGAGAACCCCGAUUCGCCAGGGAACGCUGCCACUCUGUACAGGUGUGGUCUCUGCCUCAAACUACUAACCAAGAACACUGAGAGACAGAUCACCUGUGUACCAGGGAGAAUCAACAUUGACCCUCAUGGCAACAUCAUAUACUCUCACACCAGACACAAGGGCUGGGAGGUCCACGAUUUCCUGAAUGGUUUGUAUGAGGAGCUGAAGUCGUGGGUGCUGGUCUACUGGAGGAUCUGGGGAACCAUCAACUCCCUCUCCUGCUCUUGUUGUAAACAGAAAUUUUUAUGCACUGAGCUGUCCCACUGUACAUAUCACCCCGAGGCGGUGGUGUACGCGGGCAUGGGGGCAGAGCAGGCCUGGCACGGCACGGGCAUCUACCCCUGCUGCAACCAGAGAGUGCUGCGCUUUGACCCCACAUGCAUGCCCAAGGGUUGUAAGAUGCGGGAUCAUGUGGUUAGUGCCGCAGACAGUGGUGACUGCAGUGGCCAUCCGGUGAACACGGCAGAGGCACGGCUGCUCAAUGACCUUCUGCUUCACAGGGAUGCUGUAUGCGUGACCCUCACCCCACAACCUGAGAGUCCUGUGGAGUCCCCUCCUGCGGGAGAGAAACCAACAGACUGCGAUAUCCUUUUGGAACCUGGCGUCCUCUCCUGCCUCAGACCGGGAGAGAUCACUGCUUUUUCACUGCUGAAAAACUGGAGUCUGCAGCUGGUUUGUCGUUCACAGUCUCUGCUCUCUGAGGAUGAGGACUACACCACCGGCUCAGAGGUCACUGAAGAUGAGGUCGGGGAUGAAGAGGAGGUUUCAAAGAAGCAAGCUGCGAAGAAGGCAAGGAAAGCAAACAGACCACUGAAGAGGCAGGUGUCCUCACCCAGCUUUCAGCGCAAAGAGAAGAGUGCAGAGAAGGCUGCCUCACGAGAUUCCACUCCAUUUACUGUCAGCAUUCAAAAGAGCAAAUGGGACAGCGCCCGAUCCAUGCGGUUCAACCAGGACGCUCAGAGAGAAGACGAUCAGCGGAGGAUGGUGGACAUUAUUGGACAUCUCACAAAGCUGAGGUUUGGUGACUUAGAACAGAGCAAAUCCAAGGACGUGAAAGAGUAUGCAGGAGGGAUAUACUCCAGGCUUGAAGCUCAGUUCAGGAGUGCCUCCCAGGGAAGUGGACGACAUAGUAGCUCAGAGAAGGCUCACAGAGCAAAGUUACGCUUCGGGCAAUCAAGACCAACAUAAGAGCUCCAGUACGUGGACUGGAGAAGAAAACAAGACCCUCAGCAAAGUACAGUCCAGCAGGGCCCUCCAGAACCCCCACCCGACAUCUCUCCUCCUGCUCCCGUUCAGCUCCAGAACCGCUCCAAGGCCCACUGUGGCGUUGUCUGGUUCCGGUACACUUCUGGACCCAGGUCCCCAGCCUGCUUGGUCUGCGGUAGCUUAGGUCGUCCUCCUCAUCACCUGACGUAUCUGUGGCUCUAUAGGCCCAGCUCACGUGCCUAUGACUGAUCACCUUUAUUGCGUUCCCUUUUACCUCAUCCAUCUCCGUGCAAGGAUUUAGUAUUUUGCUGAGGGGCCAGCGCUGUGGCGACAUGAAUGAAGGAAUGGUGAAUCUUGAUGGUCAAAUGCCUGAUUCCAUCACUACCUCCUUGUGGCAUGUAGACUUAGACCAUUUGUGCAACACUGAGGCCAAAUAGAAUUAAAAAAUAAAGUAUUAUCAAAGCUAAAA